ACAAGUGUAGAAGACAUGGACAUGCUUAGCAGCAGAGCUAAACUGUUCUCCAUUGCCUUUCUUCUCCUUUCAGUUACACAUGUCAUCAAGUCUCAAGAAGUUGAUUGGGGGUUUAGUUACGACGAAAACAGCGAGAGAGGGCCGUCUCACUGGGGAGAGCUGCGGCCGGAGUGGUGGCAGUGCGGUGCCGGAAAGAUGCAGACUCCGAUCGAUCUAGAGAGCAAGCCGGUUGUGUAUUCCAACUUGGGUCCCAUUCACAACUACUACACGACACAUGUUGCUAUUCUUGAAAAUCGUGGCUAUGAUAUGAUGUUAAGUUGGCCGCUUGGUCGAGGGUUUCUGAGCAUAAAUGGUGUCUCAUAUUCUUUUAGACAGGUCCACUGGCACUCUCCCUCUGAACACGUUAUCAAUGGAACAAGCUAUGAUUUGGAGGCUCAUCUGGUUCAUGUGAGCAAUGAUGGGCAGAUUGCAGUGCUUGCAGUGCUGUAUCAGAUUGGAGAAACUCCUGAUCCUAUUUUGUCUGUGAUUGAGAAUGAUCUUAAAGAACUUGCUGAGACACUGGGUGUAGUGAAAUAUGUAGGGUAUCUUGACCCAAACCUACUCCAGGCCAGAGGCAGAAGGUACUAUAGGUACAUGGGCUCUCUUACAACGCCGCCAUGCACGGAGGGUGCUGUCUGGACAGUUAUGGGAACGAUUAGAUCUGUUACAAAGGAACAAGUGGCACUCAUCCGCAACGCCAUUCAUGAUGACACAAAAACUAAUGCUAGACCACUCCAGCCAAUAAAUGAUCGUUUUGUGGAAGUUGAUAGACCAGGAGAACACAGCGAAGAUUGAAGAGAGAUACUCCGCCUACUAUUAUAUAUCAAAUUAUGUUAACUCGUUAAAAAUAAGUUACACGUCUAAAAAUGUCAUUUGAUUUUUAGGCUGUACAUGAAAUAAAUAAUGUUGACAUGUUGUAUGUGUUGAAAAUAAUGUAAGUGUUUCAGUGGGAAUGACCUAUUGAUCAUCAAUAAUUCGAGUCAAUACAAGAUGGGUUCAUCCAGUUCAUAUUUUCAAAUAAUGAUUACGGAUUUAUUUUUUCAUCCAAAAUAAUUGAAGUGUGUCGUACCUAAUAAUUAAUGUAAGUGUGUUAUAUGUAUUUCAA